AUGUCAAGAUAUGGCAAUCAUGGAGUGGUAGAUAAUGAUAUAGAAUAUGGAAAUGCACAUAUAGCACUUUUACAACAAUUUAUAAAAUGUAGAUAUAUUCAGGGUAAAGUUUUAACAGCGAUGGUGAAUGAAAUAAACAGGAUUCAUCAUCAUAAAUAUACACCCAUCGAAUAUGUAAACACAAUCAACCAAUAUAUUGCAGACUAUAGUAUGAAAAUUCGACAAAUUAAAAACAAUGAAAGUUUUGAUUUUGCAAUUGUAAAUUUAAAGUCUGAUGAAUUAUCCAAGUUAGCAUCAAAUUAUUCAAACGAAGCAAUAUCCUUUUUUAGAAACAUUUUCAAUAAAAUUUUAGAAUCUAAAGGUGGAAUUAAAAGAAGUGAAGCCUUUGAAUUAUCAAGAGGUUUAAAAAUUAAUGACCCAGAUCUUCAAUUGCAAUCAUUUAUAGAAGAUGGUUGGUUUAGAUUUUCAGAAUCAAGAUAUUUAACUUUUUCCAAUAGAGCUUUAAUGGACUUAGAACCAUUACUUCGUGAUCUAAAUGAAUGUUCAUUGUGUCACUCCAAAUUAUUAAUAGUUAAGGAUGAAUUUAUAAAAUGCCCAAAUAAUGAAUGUGAUACCUUAAUGCAUAACUAUUGUGCAAGAAGAUGGUUUGAAAGUCAUAAAAACAUCUGUCCAAAUUGUAAAAAUAGAAUAUAA